UAACAACAGACUUCACUGCCAGGUUAAUUACGUUUAACCUGUGUACACAACUGAAAGCCUUCUGAGGAAUUUAGCAGGAUGAAUCCUGUCAUUGUGGUUCAUGGUGGAGCUGGCCGGAUCUUUAAAGAACGAGAACAGGGAAGUCGUGAUGGUGUUGUCAGAGCUGCGCUGCGAGGUUAUGGUAUCCUGAAACAGGGAGGCAGUGCCUUAGAUGCAGUUGAGGAGGCAGUACGAUCAAUGGAAGAUGAUCCUCAUUUUAAUGCAGGCUGUGGAUCUGUUCUAAAUGAAGAAGGUGAAGUAGAAAUGGAUGCCAUAAUCAUGGAUGGAAAAAAUUUAGACUCUGGAGCAGUAGCUGCAGUUAAAUGCAUAGCAAAUCCAAUAAAACUUGCUCGACUUGUCAUGGAAAAGACAAAGCACAUGCUGCUGACUGACCACGGUGCACACCUGUUUGCUGAGGCCAUGGGUAUUCCUGAGACUCCAGGAGAAAAACUCAUAACCGAGAGAUCCCGGGAGAGAUGGAAGAAGAACCUUGAGCCAGAUUCCAACCCUGAAGAGUUUCAGAAAGACCUUGGAACAGUCGGUGCUGUUGCUAUAGAUAGUGAAGGCAAUGUAGCUUGUGCAACAUCUACUGGAGGACUCUCUAAUAAAAUGGUUGGCCGUGUUGGUGACACAGCAUGCAUAGGAAGUGGAGGUUAUGCUGAUAAUCAUUCUGGUGCCACUUCAACCACAGGACAUGGGGAGAGCAUUAUGAAAGUGGUCUUAGCCCGACUGAUCCUCUAUCACAUGGAGCAAGGAAUGUCACCAGAGAUGGCUGCUGACACUGCAUUAGACUACAUGAAGAUGCGAGUUGGAGGCUUAGGGGGUGUCAUUGUUGUUAACAGUUCAGGAGAGUGGGCAGCAAGGUUCUCCACCAAGCAGAUGUCCUGGGCUACUGUGAAGGAUGACCAGCUGCAUUAUGGCAUUUAUGCUGGGGAGAGGCAUACAAAAUCUGUUGAUGAAGCACUUUCAUCUGAAAGUGGGGGAUUCUGAGAAUGAAGAAACAUCGACUGAGGAAAAAUGAAGACCUGCUUUUUUUGCUCGAGGAGAAUGACAGUUGAUUUCAUCUUUCUGAAAGAUCGGUAAUCUUUUGAUUGGUUCACAGGCAUCACCACAUUUACAGUCAAAAUGAAACCCAGACGUAGUUCUUUAGUGGUCAUGGAUAGUGGAUGUAUAGUGUUUAUUAAUACUUUUAGGAAGUCUGGAGAUUCUCCUUUCCUAGAUGAGGAAGAGUGGUCAGUAGGUUUCUUGGUUAGCAUGCCUUAAUCCUACAUUAAAGGGAACCUGAGUUUCAGUAUUAGAGGAACUCCUUUCCAUGCCCAUUCUCAAGAGACUGCUGCCAGGAUGAUUUGAGAUGAAUCUGUUCAUUAAAAACUGCAUUUCGAAAAUGAUAUCACUCUCCAGAGUCUUUUGAGCGGUCAUCCCAUGGUAACAAAGUGCUAACUGUCAGUGAAACACCACCAAACAGCAGCCAAGACUACAGAAUACAUCAUUGUCACAGGCUGGAGGCAACUGUCAAGGGAAAUAAUAAUGAAGUAAAGAAAAUAACUUCUUUCCAGGGAUGAGAAGUGUGAUGCUUUCUAAGGAGUCCUGCUUCUAUUCCAUUCAUUGGCAUCAGAUCUACAGUUAAAAAACACAGACCACAACAAAGCAGGCUGCAGUAUGUUGAAGUAUAUGUGGAUAGGUUACAGAAAAUAUAUUACUGAUCUAAUAUCUGUGGUAGUAAUAAAGAAGGUAAUGAUUUCAAUAACUAUAAAUAAACCAGCUAUCUUUACUACUCAAAUACAAAGGUGCUAUUCACCUUUUAAGUCUAAAUUUGAGACAGGGGAUGAUUAACUUUAAAAAUAAUUAUCUAAAAGCAGAUGAUAAAAGCAAGCUGGACUGAAACAAAUAAAACUGCCUCUUACCAAA